GGGCACUCCAACUAUUUUUCCACCUCAAAGUUUUGAUUCCGUUAAAGAUGCUCAUGAUUUGCGUAAGGCAAUGAAAGGUUUUGGAACUGAUGAAGAUGCACUCAUCAAUAUUAUUUGUCGCCGAACAAAUGAACAACGACAGGAAAUACAACGUCAAUAUAAAACUCAUUUUGGUAAAGAUCUGAUCGAGGAUAUUAAAUCAGAAACAAGUGGUAAUUUCGAGAAGUUACUUGUUGGCCUCUUACGUCCCAUUGUGGACUACUAUUGUGCUGAAUUGAAUGAUGCAAUGGCUGGCAUUGGUACUGAUGAAGAUGUGCUUAUAGAAAUCUUAUGUACACUAUCUAAUAUGGAAAUACACACUAUUAAAAAUCAAUAUUUACGUUUGUAUGGUGCUCACUUGGAAUCUGAACUAAAAUCCGAGACAUCUGGCAAUUUUAAACGUCUUUUGAUUUCACUCUGUACAGCAGCACGUGAUGAAAGUGGACACACUGACGCAGGAACUGCACAAAAUGAUGCUAGAGAAUUACUAAAAGCUGGUGAAUUACGUGUAGGCACUGAUGAAAGCAUGUUUAAUAUGAUUUUGUGCCAACGUAAUUAUCAACAAUUGCGUCUGAUAUUCCAAGAAUAUGAACGUAUGACAGGACAUACACUGGAAAAAGCUAUUAAAAAAGAAUUUUCCGGUGAUAUUAUGGAAGGUUUAAUCGCCAUCUAUAGAUGCGUUAAUAAUAAAACCGAAUAUUUUGCAUCUCGUUUACACAAGAGUAUGGCUGGUAUUGGCACAAAUGAUAAACAAUUGAUACGCGUUAUAAUAACACGUAGUGAGAUCGAUUUGGCCGAUAUAAAAACUACAUUCGAACGUAUGUACGGCAAAAGCUUGAAGAGCUGGAUUAAGGGUGAUACCUCUGGACAUUACAAGCACGCUUUGUAUGCUUUAGUCGGUGAACAACGUUCUUCAUAAAUAAUCUCCAGCUACAUAAAUUCACAAUGGGCCAAAAUCUCUACUAACUUUUUUACAUAUAUUAUAUUAAAUCUAAGUAAUAUUUUCGAAUAUUUAAAAUUAUAAUUGAAUUAAUGUCCUAAGUUACAUAUAAACAUAAUUUCAUUACCAUAAUAUUCAAAACGUAAUAUAAAAGUUUGUACAGGAUAUAUAAAAAUAUUUUCAUUGUAUAUUUAAAAAUCAAAUAACUAUAAC